GCCUUCGCCUCUUUUUGCAACGCGACGUGCCCAACGACAUGGCCACGCGAUCCUUAUGGGGCGCUCGAACGAAGCUCGCUCUGUCGGCGGCCGCGCUCAUCGGCGGCGGAGCGGCGGCGAACGUCGCCACCUCCGACGACCCCUCCAUGACUUUGAAGCUCUACACAACCGUUCCCCCUCGCCUUAUUCGCGACGCCAUGACAGCCACUGCCAUCGCCUUCGAUUAUGAGUAUUCACUGUGGGGACUGCCUGAAGGAAGCAGUGAGAGGGAAAAAACUAAGCAUGAAGUUCACCUGAGGUCUGCACGUAAACUUCAAGAAUUAUGUUUCAGCAAUGGAGGCAUAUAUAUCAAGCUCGGUCAACACCUUGGACAGCUGGAAUACUUGGUACCCCAAGAGUAUGUACAGACAAUGAGGGAUUCCAUGUUGAACAAAUGUCCAGUUUCUUCAUACGAACAAGUGUGUGAGGUCGUCAAGAAAGAGCUUGGAGAUACACCUGAUAAAAUUUUUGCUGAAUUUGAUCCUGUUCCAAUAGCAAGUGCUUCCCUUGCACAAGUCCAUGUUGCUCGCAAUCAUGAUGGCAAAAAAGUGGCUGUGAAGGUUCAGCACACUCACAUGACAGAUACUGCAGCUGCCGACUGUGCUACUGUGGAUUUUAUUGUGAACACCCUACACUGGAUUUUCCCUUCUUUUGAUUACAGGUGGUUGAUUGCUGAGAUGCGUGAAAGUUUACCAAAGGAACUAGAUUUCAUAAACGAGGCCCAGAACAGUGAGAAAUGCUUGGAAAACUUUCAGAAGCUUUCUCCUCAUAUUGCAGCUUAUGUAUAUGCACCAAAGGUGUAUUGGAAUCUAAGUACCUCAAAGUUGUUAACCAUGGAAUUUAUGGAUGGCGCAGAAGUAAAUGAUGUGAAGACCAUUAAAAGACUUGGAAUUCGACCUGAUGAAGUUGCAAGAUUAGUUAGUGAAACUUUUGCAGAAAUGAUGUUCAAACAUGGGUUUGUGCAUUGUGACCCACAUGCUGCCAACUUGUUAGUCCGUCCUCUGCCUUAUAGUGGAAAGAGCAUUCUAGGCAAGAAAAAACCACAGUUGAUACUUCUAGACCACGGUCUGUAUAAAGAGCUUGACUUUGAGACCAGAACUAACUAUGCUAAACUGUGGAAGGCUUUGAUUUUUGCUGAUGCCAAUGCAAUAAAAGAAAAUAGUGCAAAAUUAGGUGCUGGAGAGGAUUUGUAUGCAUUAUUUGCAGGGAUUCUUACUAUGAGGCCUUGGAAUAGGGUCAUUGACCCAGCUGUUGAUCAUUUGGUUAUACAGGGCAGCGAAAGUGACCGUUCGGAACUGCAGAUGUAUGCUUCUCAGUAUUUCUCUCAAAUCUCAGAGCUUUUGAGGAGGCUGCCACGCGUGAUUCUUUUAAUGCUGAAGACAAAUGAUUGUUUACGAUCAGUUAGCAAUGCUCUGUUGCAGGUACCUUCUCUUGAGACAUUCAUGAUCAUUGGAAGGGUUUCUUCUGAAGCAGUCAUUGAGGCAAAGCUAUCACAAAAGAGAUCCUUCCUGCAUUGGUUGAGUGCUUGGUUAGACAAAAUUCUGUUGGAAGCUCGACUUUUUACAAUGCAAGUAGCCUUGUGGCUUCUACAAGGCAGGAAAUCUUUGUCUUGGAGAAACUGAAAAAGUACUGCACAAACUCAAUUUCUAUAACUCACAAACUAAGGAAACUAUAAUUAUUUCUUUGUUCGUCACCCAAAAAUGGGCACACACAUUCAUUGUCUCCAUAGAUCAAGCCUCUCCAUUACACACAGGGUCUCCGAUCAUGGAUUGAUAGACGAUUUUUUCAAGGCAUCGGAAGGAAUAAAUGAAAUGUAUUGUAUCAUUUUUCUUUUAUGCAUAAUUACUCUCAAUGUUCUCUGGAUCUGAUCAAUUUUAUAGAACCCCCAUCAAGGGAGAACUGUAUGGACACUGGGCAUCAGAGAUAUUAGUUAUGUACUUAUACGCAGAGAGAACUUUUAGACUUUUGAACUGAUAUGAGUUAUAUCAUAACCUCUUCCUCUGGUCAUCGAAAAUCACACAUGCAUCGGGUAUGCUAUGCGCCAUUUGCCCCCCAUAACCAAAGGGUUUGUUUGGUUGCAGACUCAGGUAAACCUUUCCUUAUUCAGGGCAAGAAUAGAAUAGCUGGGAACAAGAUGGAAUAUGUCUCUUCUGGUGGUGGUUGGCUUAUUAAUUCCGGUAGGCUUUAUUGUCCCUUUCCGAUGGUUGUCCAAUCUACUAAACUAUUGUCUACUUCUACUUUUGUUUGCUGAUAAAUUCUUGGUUGGGUGUGUAUUAUUAUGGUACAUUUUGGAUAGUGAACUUUAACGACGAAAGCUGCAAACUUUGCUUUCACCCUUCAUGGAAUUAAAUCACCUCCCAUGAAAACUUAAGGAGAAAGGGACACCUUCAUGGGUUCAUGUUAUACUUGUCCAAUUCGAACCCCGAUUGCAUUCCAUUUAACUUUUGCCUAGCUGAAAAAAUACUAUAUGAGAGGCCUUAUCUGACGGUGGGUAUUGAAAGCCAAUGAAUGAUCAAAUCUUUGUUCAUUUAUUGGCUGGUUAAUAGUUGGUACGUGAAUAUAAACAAGUCCCCAUCAAAAACAGAUUUUUUUUAA